ACAUCUUGCUAGACAUCCAUACUCAGUGUUUCAGGAAAUGGAAAUUCCAGUGAUAAAGAUGGAUGAGCUACAUGGCGAGAAGAGAUCAGAGACACUUUCGCUUCUCCAUGAUGCCUGUGCACAAUGGGGAUUCUUUUGGCUGGAGAAUCAUGGAAUCAAUGAUGACCUCAUGGACAGAACCAAGGAACUGGUGAAUAAACACUAUGAUCAAAACAUGGAGAAUAACUUCUACAGUUCUGAGAUAGCAAAAACCAUUGGUCCUGACAAAGUCACCUCAAAUGUUGACUGGGAGUGCAGCUUCAUGUAUCAUCAUCAGCCAAAAUCAAACAUUCAUGACAUUCCCGAGCUGCUUCGUACUAAAGUUCCUGAAUAUGCUGAAGAAGUAGUCAAGUUGGCCGAGCAGCUAGCAGAAGUCAUGAGUGAAAAUCUUGGGCUGGACAAGGAUUACUUGAAGAAAGCUUUCACUAAGCCUUCCAUAGGCAUAAAGGUGGCAAAAUACCCCAGGUGCAGUCAUCCAGAAGUAGUGAUGGGACUCCGUGGACACACUGAUGCUGGGGGAAUCAUACUUCUAUUUCAAGAUGACUUGGUCCCAGGUUUGCAGUUCAUGAAAGAUGGUAGGUGGAUCUCAAUACCACCAACAAAAGGAAAUAGAAUUUUCGUAAACCUCGGAGAUCAGAUUGAAGUGAUAAGCAAUGGAAUAUAUAAGAGCAUUUGCCAUCAGGUAGUUCCCAAUCAGAAUGGGAGCCGCCUAUCUAUUGCAACAUUCUAUAACCCAGGUGCCGAUGCUAUAAUCUUCCCAGCUCCAAAUCUCACAUAUCCUAGCCAAUACCGUUUCCAAGACUACCUUAAUUUCUAUUCCGCUACCAAGUUCACAGACAAGGUAUCAAGGUUCCAAACUACAAAGAUGGUAUUCAAAUGACUCGAGUCAAAAGCCACUUUAUGUACCGGCUCUGAGCAAGACAAGUGGAACUCCUAAGAACUAUGUAUUGUGUAUUUGUGUUGUCAGUCUUAUUUUUCGUAGAGGAAUAACUGCUCGAUUUACCUGUAUAUUUGCUUUUCUGUAACUCAAGUGUUAAAUGAUAGCUGCUAAAGAAUAGCUGCAGGCUAUAAAAACGUUCCAUUCAUGCUAUGGAAAUAUAACAAAGUCACUUUAGACAAAAUUUAUCCCAGAGCUUACUAACUUAGUAAAGUUAUUUGCAUUUUAAACCGGCAGUCACGCUGACUGCGCUAAUGAUACGCCAUGUGAAAUAUGACUCAGAAUAGUUGUGUAGCAACGAAACAGUAACAGGAAACAUGUAUGCACUAGAAAACACCUCCCAUCCUCGACUCAUUAGUUCAAGAGCAGAAACUACUCGGUUCGAGGAAAAAGAAAAGCAGAACCUACUAAUGAGCUAACUGAAUCUGAAACGCAUGAGCUGGGCACCAGGAGCAUAUCUGUGUGCCUAUGACAGAGAAUCAUGGUUAACAGAGAUCUAAUAAUAAAUCCUACACUGAUAGAAAAACACAUGCAUAUGAGCAUAACAAUUUAACAAACUAACAUGAAGGCAUCGAAUGCAUACAUAUCACAUGAAACCUAUGGUGUUGGGUAGGUACAACUGAAAUUGACCACUGGAUAAUUGUUAACUACAGUUAAGAUUAAACUGGCUUAUUUAUUUCCUUACACUGGACAUCCUGGAUUUCACGACAAUCUCCCUAUCUUGCUGCAUUUGAGUCAUAUAUAACAGAAAU